CCACUCGAUAUUUAAAAUAAGUUUUUUUGAUUAAUAAUACUUAACAUAAAACCUGAAGAUGAGAGAGAGAGGUAGAGAGAGAGAGAGAAGGAACCGAGGCGAACAUCGUUCAAGGGCUAGACAGUCGGCAUUGAGCGGGGAGCAGGGCGGAUCUCGGCGAAGAAGCUACCAAAGGAACAGGGAACCGAGAAUUUGGGGGAAAACAAAUGAUGAUCAGUACCAAGGUCGAAAAAUGCAGAGAGACAGGCCUUAUAACUGGGGUCUUUAUAAACAAGCAACAACAUUUUUCUUUACCAAUGUUCCAGAUGAUUGGAGCUAUGAAGAAAUGUGGAGCACGUUCUUGAAAUUUGGCCGAGUUUAUGACAUAUAUUCUCCAAAUAGAAGAAGUAGGAAUGGAAGUAGAUUUGGCUUUGUGAGAUUUCUAGGGGUGACAGACAAGAAGGAACUGGAAAGAAAGCUGGAUCAAAUUCGGGUAAGAGACCAGAAAUUGUGGGUGAAUAUUCCCAGGUAUGAAGUUGAGAAGCAAGAAGGUGGGGAGAAAAGAAUAAGACCUGGUAUGCUGACCGGAGAUCAGAAUAGAAGGAAUAGAAGUUAUGCGGAGGUGGUGAAAGGAACGCAAGAGAAGGUACUAGUAAGGGAUCAGAGCACUCACAGCAUGGUGGGCCGAGACAAUAGUAGAAGAAAUGACAAAGAAAGUAAGAAGUAUGCAGAGCAAGACAAGCAAAGGAAAAACAGAGAUAGUAGUAGACACCAACCCCGGCAAACCGCAAAUAGGAAAGUGUGGAAAGAAAGAGGAAGGGGAGUGAAAUGGGCAGGUAUGGAGUUCAAUGUAAAACCUGAAGAGUAUGCUUGGCUCGAUGGCAGCUAUGUGGGUAUAGUGCAUUCCGUGGAAUUGGUAUGCAAUUUACAAGAAAAAUUUUAUAUGGAGGGGUAUUUUUCUUGUCGAAUUCGUGCAAUGGGAGGCAAAAGGGUACUGUUAACAGGUCAAGACAAGGAGGAAGUGAAAGACUUAGUCGAAAUGGCUGCAGAUUGGCUAAGGCAAUGGUUUGAAGAGGUGAGGCCGUGGACACCACAGAUGACAGCAAAAGAGAGAUUUGUAUGGCUAAGGUGUCAAGGGGCACCAGUGAAUGUCUGGGGAAGUGAUUUCUUCUCAACUAUGGGCCGGUCAUGGGGUAGCUUUAUUUGCUUGGAUGACAGUACAAGCAAGAAGGAAAGGUUCGACAUUGCAAGAUUUUUGAUUUCUACCCCAAUAAUGGAGACAAUUUCAGUUACAAGAGAAGUCAAAAUCAAUGGAAUCAUCUUCAAGCUGAAAUUUACAGAAGAAGAAGCCACCAAUUGUUUUUUCUCCUUGAAGAAUGAUUUUAUUCCCUCUUUUAAUAGUGAGUCCGAAGAUCGGGAAUCUUGGUCUUCCGGAUCAGAGCCGGAGCUGUUGGCUGAGGAAGAUGAAAUGAGGAACGUGGAGGAUCAAUUCGGGUGUCCUGCGGAAGAAGAUGAUGACGCAAGAAGUCGUAGGAAAGAGGAAGAAAAGACCAAGUCAAUUCAAAUCAGCAAGGGAAAUGGGGGAGGUGCAGAAGCCGUUGGUGACAACAUGGAUGAGAUUCAAAAUUCAAAUGCAAGUGAAAGAAGCAGGCAGCCAGAUGGCGUGCCUACAGGACUAAAGGAGCAGGCCCCGUUUUCGAAAAUUGGAGAAAAAGAAAGUGAAGAUAUUAAUCUCAAUAUGAAGCCCAAAGAUCAGACAAUGGCAAGGCCCACCCCGCAGAAGGAAAGCCCAAUGGCAGCGGAGUCCACAAACGUGGAAGUGGCCCAAGUUGAAACUUUAAAGGAGGCCAUAAUCUCAUCCCAGAUCAGGGACCUUUCUGGAAGUGGAGAACCCGUAGAAGAAAAGGGCAAUGGUGAAGAAGAUGCCUUCUGGAAGGGACAUGAAUCAGAGAGAAGCCGAAUAGAAGUAUGGAUCGGCAAACAACUAGAGGAAAUCAACUCAAGAAACCGCAGAAGGAAGGUCCGACGGUGUAGUUCGGUGUAUGGUCAUCCCAGAUUCAGUGAGGCAACGGCAGGAAGAAAGAGAGGAAGAAAGAAGAUGAACCCGCAGCAGAGGGAGGAGAGACCAGCUCCAAUCUUCACGUCGAACCAGGAUGGAAAGGUGGCUGGUGACUCGGUAGGGGACAGUGAUAUUCAUAAUGCUAACAGAGCAUUGAAGAAACAGUGGCAAACCCAUCUCGCAAAGGAGAUAUGGGACUUGGCGUCGCAGCUCGGAGCAGUGGCAGAUAACGACAACGAGGUGAUUCAGCGUCUAGAGGAGAUGGAGGUUAGAGAUCGAAGUGCAAAAAGGAGUAUGGUGAACCGAGAGGAAGAAGGAUGCAGGAAGCCGUCUACUGGCAUGUCUGGAGGUCUGAUUUGUGUCUGGGAUUCAAAAAUGUUGAAGAGGAAAGAGACUAUAGAAGGGGAUAAUUUUAUAUGGGUAUUUGGUUUGUGGGGAUCGGAGGAGAUUCCAGUAUUCAUUUUAAAUAUUUAUUCACCGUGUCACCUUUCAAGCAAAAGAGCCUUAUGGGGGGAGCUGCAUAGUCUAAUUAUCAACAGAAAGGGAUUAUGGUGCUUGGCGGGGGAUUUUAAUGCAGUAAGGAGGGUUGAGGAAAGAGCUGGAUGUAAGGUGGUGUCAAACGAAAUGAGGGAGUUCGAUGCUUUCAUCCACAAUUCUGAGUUGUUUGACUUGCCGUUGAUAGGGAGAAAAUACACUUGGUAUAACUCAAAUGGGCAACAAAUGAGCAGAAUUGAUAGAUUCCAGUUUUCUAAAGAAUGGAUGUCAAAGUGGAGCGAAAUGAAACAGUGGGGUUUGACGAGGUCUAUAUCGGAUCACUGCCCUAUUUUGAUAAAAAAUGAGCUGGUCGACUGGGGUCCAAAACCGUUCAGAUUUUUUGAUGCUUGGUUGGAUCAACCUGGAUGUAAGGAAGCGAUUACAAGUGUAUGGAAUGACAGAGAAAUGAAGGGCUGGAAUGGAUUUAAACUCAAAGAAAAGCUGAAAAAAACAAAGAAGGCACUAAAGGAGUGGAGUGGCAAAACCAACAGGGAGAUGGACGGAAAAAUAAAGGAAGCAGAACUUGUGAUUGCAGCAAUUGAUGAGAAAGGAGAGCAGCACCAGUUGUUGGAUAACGAUAUUGAAUUGAGAAGGAACAGUUUUAUUGAACUGUGGAAGAAUUUAAAGAUCAAGGAAAGGAUGAGUCAACAAAAAUCAAGAAAGCAGUGGCUAAAGGAAGGUGACGCGAAUUCAAAAUUCUUCCAUAGAAGCAUCAAGGGAAGAUGGCGUAGAAAUGAAAUCAACAGUAUCCGGAUAAAUGGGGAGCAGUAUACCGGAGUGGAGGUAAUGAAGCGAGAGAUUGCUAAGUACUUCCAAGACUUGUUUACAGAAGAAAGUUGGAGGAGACCAAAGCUUGAUGGAAUUUGCUUUAGGCAAAUCACACAAACUGAUAAUGAGCUCCUCACUUCCACUUUUUCGGAACAGGAAAUUAAAGAAGCAAUUUGGAAUUGUGAUCCAUCCAGAUCCCCAGGACCAGAUGGUUUCAACUUCCGAUUUAUCAUGACAAUGUGGGAGGUUAUUAAAGAAGACAUAAUCAACUUUGUUCGGGAAUUCCAUCAACAUGGCCGGCUGGUCAGGGGGUCAAAUGCUUCUUUCAUUGUGUUAAUUCCAAAAACAGAUAAUCCACAAGCAAUUGAGGAAUUCAGACCCAUUUCGCUAAUAGGAGUCACUUAUAAGAUCAUUGCAAAACUAUUAGCGAAUCGAUUACGGAAGGUAUUACCAAAGGUGAUUGGGGAGCAGCAGAUGGCUUUUAUUGAAGGAAGGCAGUUAGUGGAAGGGGUAGUGAUCGCAAAUGAGAUUCUCGACGAAGUCAAGAGGAAAAAGAAGAAGGGAUUCCUAUUUAAACCCGACUUCAAGAAAGCCUACGACAAAGUAAGCUGGGAAUUUAUAGACUACAUGAUGAUGAGGAUGGGAUUUUGUGCAACUUGGAGGAAAUGGAUUCAGGAGUGUUUGAAUUCGAGUUUGGUCUCUAUUCUAGUCAAUGGCAGUCCAACGAAUCAAUUCCCGGUUUACAAAGGCAUCCGUCAAGGAGAUCCUUUAUCCCCUUUCCUAUUCUUGAUAGUCGCAGAGGGGCUGAAUGGACUAAUGUCAUCGGCUGUGGAGAAAGAGAGGUACAAAGGAGUGGGCAUUGGGAGUGGAGAUGCGAUGGUCACACACCUUCAAUUCGCGGAUGACACAAUUUUCUUUGGGGAGGCAACGGAAGACAAUAUUAUGGUGAUUAAGUGCAUUAUGAGGACAUUCGAGUUAGUCUCGGGGUUGAAGAUUAACUUUAGAAAGAGCCAGUUGAUUGGGGUGGGAGUUGAUCAAAAUUGGAGGGCUAAAAUGGCAUACCAAUUGUGUUGCAAGGAAGGGAAACUGCCAUUCAAGUAUUUGGGAAUUCCAAUUGGCGGGAAUCAUAGAAGAAAAGCCAUGUGGCAGCCUAUGGUGGAGUCUGUUAGAAAGAAGCUAGCCAGCUGGAAGGGGAGGUAUCUGUCGAUGGGUGGCCGCAUCACGCUCAUCAACUCAGUGCUGUCAAGCCUCCCGGUGUUCUUGAUGUCUGUCUAUGUUAUCCCAAAAUAAAAGAUGAAGAUGUGCUGUGAAAUGGGAAGGAGAACCAACGGGUCUUGGGAGUGGAAUUUAUCUUGGAGGAGGAACUUGUUUGAAUGGGAAAAGGAAGAGGCAAUGGAAUUACACAACAAAAUCCAAAACGUGCAGAUCCAUCAAGGAUGCAGGGAUACCUGGGAAUGGGCUCACAGCAAGGAUGACAGGAUUCCAACUAAAAUGAACCUACUGACAAGAGGAAUCAUCAAGGACAUUCGAGAAUGCAAGUGCGGAAUUUGUGGUGAGGAAGAAGAGGACACAAAGCAUUUAUUCUUAAGAUGUAAUAUGGUCCGAUGGUUAUGGAUGGCUUGUGCAAAGUGGUGGGGAAUUAAAGUUACUUUGGAAGAGGACUGCUGGAACACUUUCCGAAAUCAUGAAAGAGAACAAAAAGAGAAAUGUAUUAGAGACGGAUGGGAUUGCAUCUGGAAUUUUCUAGUGUGGACUGUGUGGCUGGCCCGUAACCACAAAGUUUUCCAAGGCAAAGAGAUUAUCCGGGAGAAGCUGUUGGAGCUCAUUCAAUUAAAGUCUUUCCACUGGAUCACAACAAAAAAAGAAAGGUAUGCCUUCACGUUAACGGACUGGUUUCUUAAUCCAAUAGCAUGCUUGAAAGAGUGCCGCAAGAAAAGAAGUGUACCAAAUGAAUUUGUAGUAGGAGGAGAGGGUUGUUGAUUUCUGGGAGGUCUUGUCUAUGAUUUUUGCUUCUGAGGGUUGAUUUGUUGAGUUAUGGGGGCUCACAAAGGUUAUAUUGAGCAAUUAUUGACUGUAGUAGUUUCAGCUAUAGUCAAUACAUGAUCAAUACCUCAUGGGUCUAUUGGGGUGUUUCGGGUGAGGGUUGUUGAUCUGAACAGGGUGAUAUGAUGAAUUGGCAAAAGAGGCCAGAAUCCUCGUCACGGACAUAGUGUCGACACUUGUUUUGGGUGUCGACACCUUACAUUAAGUUUUUGUUAUCUGCUGGUUUGAAGCACCCUUUGUAUUCCGAUUAUUAAUAAAUAGCUUUUUGCUGU